CGCCCGGCUCCACCUCCAACCGACAGCCGGGGGCUCGAUUUGAGUCACCUGAUCUGCCGGAGGGGACAUGUGGUCCAGAAAACUAAAAGUCACGACCGGUAUCCUGUUUGUCGCCUCCGCCGCGUUGACGCUUCUCCCCGCGCGUCAGCCGCUCUGAUGCGCGGUGGGAGCGGCGUGUCACUGAGCAUCAGAAGCGGAGGAGGCCGCGCAGACUGAACUGCAGCAGCGGCAGAGGCAGGGCUGGGCUCCACACACACACACACACACACACACACGGGGACGGACACACACAUUGAACGGCAACACACACCAGAGAAGGAAAAACGGGAUGGCCUAGCGGUGUUGUGCUGUCAGUGGUCUAUCAGCAGUGAGCUACCUGGCCCAGAGGUGUGUACCAGAGGCAGCAGCAGGUUGCAGAGAUGAGUGUGACCUCCUGGUUCCUGGUGAGCAGCGGGGGCACUCGCCACCGACUCCCACGGGAAAUGAUUUUUGUCGGGCGGGAUGACUGUGAGCUCAUGCUGCAGUCCCGCAGUGUGGAUAAACAGCAUGCAGUCAUCAACUAUGAGGGUGGAACUGAUGAGCACAAGGUCAAAGACCUUGGCAGUCUGAAUGGGACCUUUGUAAAUGAUGUCCGCAUCCAGGAGCAGAUGUACAUCACUCUGAAGUUGGAGGACAAGCUGAGAUUUGGAUAUGAUACAAACCUGUUCACGGUGGUGAGAGGAGAGCUCACUGUGCCUGAGGAGGCUCUAAAGCAUGAAAAGUUCACAAGUGGACUCCAACUCGGCAAGAAGCCAUCCAAUGGUGAAACCACUAAUACCGCUACCACUAAGUCUCCCAUGAAGACUCCAACAAAAACAUUUAAGUCCCCCAGUGGUGGCGCCCCUAGGCCAGCGGAGAAGAGCAGAGGAGCAGACGGGGUCACGUCCUCCAAAGAGCCACCAUCUAAACCUGUGGACGGUCACAAAGCAGAGGACAGGACAGGAGGGGACAUCGCAGCUCUUCCUCGUGGAACCCCUCUGUACGGCCAGCCAUCUUGGUGGGGGGAUGGGGAUGCGGAUGACGAGAACUCCUUCAAACAAGACAGCAAGUCAUCCAUCAAAAAGCCUGACGGUGCCAUUUCAGAGAGCAAAGAGGCACGUCGAGGGGAGAAGGCGAAAGAGGACGGUAUACAUGCGUCCCCUGCCCACGAUUCCAGAUACUGUGAGAUCCCUACCAAGGAGGGUCACAUGGCCAAUAACGGCAUCCAUGAGAUUCCCACUAAGGACACAGAAGGCAAUAACAUUCUCAGCGCUGCAGCUCAAGGUCAUGCCUCCUUCACCAUAGAGUUUGACAGCACUUCUCCAGGGAAGGUCACCAUCAAAGACCAUGUGUCAAAGUUAACAUCUGACCACCACAGAUCUCGCUCCAAGAAGAGUGGAGCAGGAAGUGGAGGCGCAGGAGGGAGGGACUUGAGCACACUUCAAGCGGCUAUGAUGGCAUCAGAGAGCAAAGUGGCUGAUUGGCUGGCCCAGAAUGACCCAACUCUGGUGCGCAGCGAGUCAACAGAGGACGACAGCAAGAGCAUCAAGAGUGACGUGCCAGUCCAUCUCAAAAGACUGAAAGGCAGCAAGCAUGAAGAUGGCACCCAGAGUGACUCUGAAAAUGGACUUGGCCUUCGUUUUGCCAACCGCCGCCAUGCCCUUGAGGAACGUCUGAAAGCAGCACACAGCCACGUGGGAGCAGGAGGUGGGAACGUAACAGUGAGCGGGUCCCGAGGAACUGGCCCCCGCACUGCCUUCAUGAUCGAGUUCUACGACGAGGAAAACCCUCGCAAGCGCCGGUCGUACUCGUUUUCCCAGACUGCACCCCUGCUGGGGGGAGGAGCUGGUGGAGAGGGACUGUGUCCUCAACCUCCAUCUCAUCCUAAGGUGUUCAGCAUUUCCACCUCUGCUACCACAGCCUCAGAAUCAGGUAAAACCCCAGCUCCAAUACCGGCUACAGUGACUGCCGGGGCUCCUACGGCUGCCCGUGUGCUGCUCAAGCAGAGGUCUGAGGACUUGAGUAUCGGUCGGAGCUCAGCCAGUACCGGGCUAGCGACAGGGAGCCCCACCAGCCCCAGCGAGGAAGCCUCAGUCGUGGGGAAAGUUGGAGCUGGAGAUGCAGAGGAUGACCACAGUGAUAAAGGGACCUACACUAUCGAACUGGAGAACAGGAACCCAGAGGAAGAAGAGGCCAGGCGCAUGAUAGACAAGGUGUUCGGUGUUCAUCAGAACCAAGACUCCUCUGUUCUCUCAGACCUGGAAGGAGAAAGAAAAGGAAAGGAGACCAGAGAGACAGGGAAAGAGGCUCUUACUUGUGACUCAAGCUGGGUCUCUCAGUGGGCCAGUCUAGCUGCAAAUCAAACCAGGACAGAUCCAGAGGGAUCGGGAGCGGAGACGGCAGCCUUUGUGCACAAAGAGCAAGGUGUGGAUGCCUUUGAGUCCGGUGGAUCACUCAGCAGAGGCGAAUCCUCCUCCAGUUUGACCGACCGCAAGCGCAGGACCCUCCCUCAGCUCCCUGUGGAUGACCCCCGAGCUAAAACCAGCACCAAAGCUCUGAGGUCUGAGAUUGGGGAAAAACAGGACACUGAACCCCAGGAAAAAGAGAACAAGGGAGACGGGGAGUCCCCUACUCCCACGAUGACAAGUAAACGUAAACAAAGCUCCACCUCCUCUCCAUCCAAAGCUUCUCUUAGAAACUCUGGCAGCUCGGAGCGGAGAAAGAGGUCACAGGAGAGGAAAGAAGGAGGAUCAGGAGAAGACAAGUCAGGGAAGCCUCUAGUACGCCAGGGCAGCUUCACUAUUGAGAAGCCCAGCGCUAAUGUCCCUGCAGAACUCAUCCCACGCAUCAACAGAGGCGGCAAUGGGCGCGAGCGCAGUGACUCUGUGAGUAGCAUGGAUACUGCUACACUCCUCAAAGAUACAGAAGCUGUCAUGGCAUUCCUGGAGGCCAAACUGAGAGAUGAAAACAAACUAGACCAGAAGAGUAGUAAAAGUGGUAUCAACAGUUCUGGCUUCCCCCCACGGACUGACUCCAUCUCUCCAGAGUCAGAUGUGGACACAGCCAGUACAGCUAGUCAUGCAGCAGGAGAGGCAGACAGAAAAGCAGCAGCUGGUAGUGUACAAAAACGUCGUUCCUUCAGCAGCAUGCACCGGGAGAAGAGCAACAUGAGCACUGCUUCAAAGACCAGCGUCACCAAUGCAAGUGCCCGUGAGCGCUUGGAGAGGAAGAGUAAACCAAGAACUGUGGAGGCGACAAGCCGGACUGAUGCACGGCGUUCUGUUCAGCCAUCUUCAGCUUCCUCCAGAGCCCGUCAACCUUCACUGGAUCUCACUGAUGAUGAUCAGAAUUCUUCAUUCCCCAUCUCUGAUAUCCUCUCCUCAGACCAGGAGACCUACUCUGGGCCGCUGGGGCACUCAGCACAUGGACGUGGCUUCGAUGAUGCCCUCCAUUCCAAACAUGAUAGCAGGUCUGCCAAGAACUCCACCAGUGGUUCCUCCAAAACCAGCCGCACUCUCCAGGCAGCCACAACCUCCUCCAUGAACAAGCAGGCCUCACUGCCACAGCCAAGGCCCACAAGAGCCUCCCUUCUUCGCCGUGCACGGCUGGGGGAUACAUCUGACACAGACCUGGCUGAUGCAGACAGGGUGUCUGUGGCCUCUGAAGUGUCCACCACCAGUUCCACCUCUAAACCGCCAUCUGGUCGCAAGGGGUUGUCUCGACUGGACAUGCUGGCUCAGCCGCGCAGGACCCGCCUGGGCUCCAUCUCAGCCCGCAGUGACUCUGAAUGUACAAUGACCCGCAGCUCCACCUCCUCACCACGCCUGUCGGCUGAGACUGCUCUGCGCCUGGGUCUGCGCUCAUCAACGCCCACAGAGAACAGACUGACACCCAGGAUGAGGGCUAACAGCGUGUCCAAACUGAAUGAGACCAAACCUAAGACCACUACAGCUGGAUACUGCUCGCCCACAGUGUCCAGUAGCAGCAGAUGGAGACGUCUGCCACCGGAGUAUGGCUCCACCUCAGAGGAAGAGUUUGGUUCCAACCGGAACUCUCCGAAGCACGGAGGACGCUCCCACGUACGGCCUCAUCAUCUCGUCCCGCACCGCAGUUCAAGGCUCAGCACCACCGCGAGUCCAGGCGCUGGCGUGACGACGGGUCCGGGGAUCAAACACCGCAUGAAAGAGCAAGAGGAGUACAUCAGGGACUGGACCGCACACAGCGAGGAGAUAGCCAGGUUAUUCCCCUGUGUGCGUAGGAUCAGCCAGGACCUGGCUAAGGACUUGGCCGUCUUGGCUCGUGAGAUCCACGACGUGGCUGGCGAGAUUGACUCGGUCAGCUCAUCUGGCACGGCACCCAGCACCACCGUCAGCACCGCCGCCACCACCCCGGGAUCAGCUAUCGACACUCGGGAAGAGGUAGGCCCUGCACGUUCCACGCAGCCGGACAUACAGGAGAGCAUGAGAAAGUUGGUGGAUCGGGUGUUUGAUGAGAGCCUCAACUUCAGGAAGAUCCCGCCUGUAAUUUCAACCAAUAAGGCACCGGAGAUCAACGGCAAGCCAGUGGAGCGCCGCCCCCAUGCUCCUGACAGCGUGGAGCCCCGAGCUCUGAGGAGACGAACCUGGAACCGGGAGGAGGCGGUGUUGGACAGCUUGCUGCUCAAUUCAGUUUCUCAACUGUCCAGUAAAAUCAGAAACUCUGUCGACAAAACUGCAGGAAAAAUCAGGAUUUUGUUUAAGGAUAAAGACAGGAACUGGGAAGAAAUUGAAAACAAACUGCGAUCGGAAAGUGACAUACCACUCCUGAAAACCUCCAAUAAGGAGAUCUCCUCAAUUCUGCUCGAACUGAAGAGAGUUGAAAAGCAGCUUCAAGUGAUCAAUGUCAUGGUUGACCCAGAUGGGACUCUGGAUGCCCUGGCAAGCCUCGGCUUGACCAGCCCCACCACCCCUACCAAGCCCCUAACCGCCAAAACAACCUCCCCCUCCGCCACCAGCCCUGGGUCUGUGACCCCUGCCAAAGAAUCACUGCCGGAGAUCCUUCCCGGGCCGGGAGGAUCAACAGCCUCCGCCAGGGUUCAGGCUUCAUCUGCCAGCAAAGAGGAAACUGCACGAGAGUCCAUUGUGGGUCUAGGGUUAACAGGAGUCGGAGGACUGCACUUCAACCGCAUACGGCCUAGUGGAGAGGAGGCCAUCGCACAGAAGUGAACAUGAACUUUCCCUGAAAUCAAGGUUAUGUGAAUAAACAAUAAGGAGGCAGGUAUAGAAGCAUUUAACUUUUUUUUGCCAGAACAGUUGCCAUUCUGCUGACUAUACCACUCUAGUAUAAUGGAUACAAUACCAAGAUCAUUUUGCAGAAGUGUUCAGUGACGACACCAGAAAAGUGCUUCAACUUUCGAGUCGACUGGCUUAACCCAACAUGAUGCAUCAUGGAUGUACCCUGAACAGAAACUGACCCACGACUGAUUUGGAUAUUUGUCAUAUGAGCUUUUCAACCUUUUCAUGCUUAUUGGCCAACCUGACCUCAAGAUGGACUUAACGCUACCUGAGGCUCGCUCAGUGGACAGAUCUCUGUGGCUGUACAGUCUCCACUCUUCCUCCAGUCUUCUCCUCUUGCCUUCUCCAUGUGUCAGGACCCUACCCAAACUAAGGGCAUGCCUUAAAACACAUCCUUGAUAGUAGCAGUGUAACCCCUUGUCCCAUCAAAUAAUAUACCAGACAACUUUUAAGAUUUUAAUACCCUAAUUUCAGACAAACAGAAUGCAUUGUAACAUAACACUCACAAAGAUGUUUUAUUUACACUAUGAUGAAAUGCAACACUGCAAUAAUUUAUUAGCUCUUAUUCAGUACAAAGAAUAUUUCAGCAGCCUUAAGUAACCACCCUGAUAAAGUACACAGUCAUAAACAGUCCUGAAACAGUAAUGACAUUUAGCAGAGUUACAGAAGUUUUAUACAUUUCACAACUAACUGUCCGUCCAUUAGACCAACAUCAACCAGGACUUGUAGUGCCUCCUUCACCAGUUGUCUUUUACUCUCUCCUUCCCUUUCUUUCCCUCCCAGUAGUUGGUAAAAUGUUUGUCUCUUUAGUAGCAUGUACUGGACAGAGAUCAAAAGUCUGUGUUGAUCUCAUUGAAACUGAAUAGUAACAGCCUUUGGGAAACCAAUGAUCAUUUUCAGCCUAAAUUAUCACUUACCAAAGUUCACCAUUUUCUUGAUACUGUCAAUUUCAGACGGUAGAGCCAUCUUGAAAUUCAUCUGUUGUGCAAAAGCUGACUGUUCAGCUCAUAUUGUUCAUUUGAGAUGGAAGUUUCCUUCCUCUGCCGUUCACCUCUUUUCUCUGAAUGUCAGUCAACAAAUCAUGGAUUCACAUAUUGGACCACUAGUUUAGUCACUGCUGAGAUAUCUGUGACACAGCAGAAUCAGUGCUCUUAGCCUUUUGCUGUACAAAGCCCAAUGUCCUAUGAUUUCCAAUUGGCCUUGUUUGUACUUUUUUGAUCACGUUUUCUUAAACUCACACUGUCCCAUCCUGCUACCAAGUUCUGUGGAAAACUUUUUAACAAACAAACAAACAAAUGAAGGAGUAAAAAUAUUUCCUCUUUGGCAGAGGUAGCAAACUCCCCAUUGUUUCUAUGAAUCUGGCUCCUAAUACAGCUUCAGGUCGGUGUAUUUACAGAAGGUGCUUUGAUCUAUUUCAACCAGUGGGUGAAGUUAGAAUUACAAACAGUAAAGUGAAACUCUUUCUCAUCAACUCUUUUCUUAUUUCCAUGGGGACUCUUCAUCUUCUGAAUCUCUCUCUAGCUUAUCGUCUGUGUCCUAGAGCAAGAUGACUUAAAGGCAGUGUAUUAGUACUUAGAUUUUCUCACAAAUUAGGUGCCAGAGUGUAAGUUCAUUUCCUUCUCUGUGUACUGUACUUUACAAUGUAUUUCAAUGCCUCAAAGUGCCCAUUUCGACUAUAGAAGGGCAUUGAUGAAAAGAUCGAAACAGAUGUAGCUGUCUAAAAAAUCUUAUUUUGCACAUCAGAUUGUUUGUUUUUGGGUUUUUUUCAAACAAAAAUAGUGAAGAAAUGGUGAGAGGCUGCAUCUCCUGUCACAUGGUUGGACAAAGAAUAUCAGAAGUGACUGCCUUUCCUCUCUGGAACUAUUCUAUCUGUACAAAGCCUCUAAUUGUGUUACUUGUCUGUUUUGUUUUUUCUCCCCCCAUUUUAUCAAAAAAAGAAAAAAAUAAGAAACAAAAAGUGUAAUUAGGGGACUGUGAAUGCUAGGUACAUGUUUAUUUGUUAAAUUCUACGUGUCAUAUGAUCUGUGUCAUUUUUUUUUUCUUGUCAUUUUUGUAAAGAAAAGACACCAUUUUAUUUAUUUAUUUUUGUUUUAAUAUUUUGUGGAUGUUUCAUGUGUUUUAUAUUUGUUCAACUAUCUGCAUUGUUUCUUACUGUUAAUAAAACAGAGCCAUUCA